AAAAGCUGGCAAAAGAAAACGUUAAAAAAAAUACAAAACAAAAACAAAUACAAAUACAAACUAAAGCACAAUUGAUUUAUUGUUGUUGUUACAAUAACAGCAACAACCAUUGUUGCCAGCUGUUUGGCUGUUAAGAAAAAGAUCGUAAAAUUGAAAAGAGCGGUCAACGUUCUGCUGUCAAUUAAACGAAAACGAAAGGAAUCGAGAAGAGAAGGGAAGAGUGUGGUUAUGUUUAUUAUUUUCCUUGCCGUUGUCGUCGGCUGCUGAAGGUGAGCGAAAGGACAUCAUAACCGACUGCGCCGGCUGCUCUUAAAAUUUAACAGAAAUAAAGAUAACAUAAAUUGAGAGAGUAAAACUCACACCCACACACUCACACACACACAACAGGCUUCAAUAUGCGCAUUUUUCCCGUUCGCCUUUCGUCCGUUUCCACAUCAAUGGCCAACUUGACCAAAAUGUUGGACUUUUAUUCGGGCUUCAAUCCAUCGCCGCUGUCAAUAAAACAGUUUAUGGAUUUUGGUCAAAAUGCCUGUGAGAAGAAAUCGUAUAUAUUUCUACGGAAAGAAUUGCCCGUACGUCUGGCGAAUAUUAUGAAAGAGAUCGCUUUAUUGCCGGAUAAUCUACUACAUACGAGAUCCGUGAGCGAGGUGAGCUCCUGGUAUGUGAAGAGCUUCGAGGAUGUGCUGGAAUUCGAGAAUGCCGAACCCACCCAUGAUAAUCUACAAAAAUUUGUGCGCGAUUUGGAUCUCAUUAGGAAUCGACACAAUGAUGUUGUACAGACAAUGGCCCAAGGUGUCAUCGAGAUGAAGGAGAACGAGGGGGGACAGGUGGAUGCGCCCACCGAGAGCUCCAUUCAAUACUUUCUCGAUCGCCUCUAUAUGUCACGCAUCAGCAUUCGUAUGCUUAUUAAUCAGCACACUCUGCUUUUUGGCGCGAAUCCGCACUCGAUGGGUCGUCACAUUGGCUGUCUGGAUCCGGCGUGCGAUCUGUCGGAUGUGGUGCGGGAUGCAUAUGAGAAUGCUCGCUUUCUCUGUGAUCAAUACUAUCUGACGAGUCCCGCAUUGGAGAUACAGCAGCACAGUUGUACGACAGAUGAGUUAUUACCCAUACGCACCGUGUACGUGCCAUCGCAUUUGUAUCACAUGCUCUUCGAGCUCUUCAAGAACUCAAUGCGUGCUGUGGUGGAGCAUCACAAUCAUGACAAUUGUGACACACUGCCACCACUGAAGGUGGCCAUUUGUCGCGGCAAGGAGGACAUUUGUGUGAAGAUCUCCGAUCAAGGUGGCGGCAUUCCGCGCUCCCAAUCCGAUCAGCUAUUCAAGUACAUGUACAGCACGGCUCCACAGCCAUCCAAGUCCGAUAUGCAUACGGUGCCAUUGGCCGGAUACGGUUAUGGACUGCCCAUCUCAAGGCUCUAUGCCCGCUACUUCCAUGGCGACAUUGUGCUCCUCUCCUGCGAAGGAUUUGGCACAGAUGCCAUCAUAUACUUGAAGGCUCUCUCCGAUGAGGCCAACGAGCUGUUGCCGAUCUUCAACAAGACGAGCUCCAAAUUUUAUCGGGCCACAGUUCCCACAGGCGAUUGGUCGAAUCAGAACUUUUCCAAUCGUUGGCGUUAUAUAUAUGGUUUCUUAAAAAACUUAUAAGACUGCACUUGGAGCUCGGACAUGAAUGCACGGCAAUUGAGUGCAACGACUCCAAAGCGUUAUAAUGACUUGGAUUAAUAAUCGCAACUCUCAAAUGAUACUCAGGACAUUUAAGAAGAAGAGCAACAGCAACAAUAGUUUUUAAAUUCAGCCCACAAAGUGGGAAACUUUAUCAUUAACUCUAGGCAAACAUUCCCAAAUACAAAUGCAACAACAGCGACAACAACAACUACAAUUUGUAUUCAUGGCAGUAACGUGUUAAGUUUUUCAUUGUUG